UGCACGACAAAAAUGUCAAAUUUAACAACUGUAUCAUUGCUAGUGUUUAGAUUCUUUGAGCGUUUAAAUUGAAUUUUUUUUCCAUUAUAUUCUCGAGGAUGGAUACUCAUCUGUGUUGUUAUCGCCGUCACUAUUUUCCAUGUGUCGCAACGAUGAUAUCAGUCAAUAAUUCUGGAGUAUUUUCUUAACGAUGCUCCGACGUAACCUCAUCGACAACUGUCAAACUGGUGAAAAGGGGGUGACAAAUUAACGAAAACUUCACUCGUCUCGCAAAUCGAGGCGAUUAUUCAGGAAGCCGCUUUUCCAUCGAUGUCCAAGUGGAUACGCAAACGAAUGUCAAUUUAUUGCGACCACAAAUGGCAUUGCGAAGUAUGAACUCGGGCAACACAUUUUAUACGCCCGUAUCAUCAUUCGCAGAGAUGUGGUAUCAAAUAUUUUUAUGGGCCCUAUUUUCCUCGAUAUUCGUACAUACAAUCGCUGGGGCUAUUUGUUUCGCUACCUUACGGCAACAUAAAUACGGCAAAUUCUUUCCACUGCUUAUCAUAAUAAUGGGUGUACUCUUGCCGCUGACAUCCGGAAUUCUCAGUUCAGCGGCAGUUGCCUUUGUAUAUAGAGCGUCUGGUUAUCAAAUGCCACCUUUAUAUGCAUUGUUUUGGGGUAUUGGGCAGACUGUGGUAGCUGCGUGCGUUGGAUUCACGCGAAUUUUAGCAACCUUGUAACCUAGGGACUACAUUUGUGAUAUUUGUGUGUAUAUAUACAUGAGAACGGCGAUCAAGUGUCUUCUAAGUUAUAGAUAUAUAUAUGAAGCUCUGUACAUACAUAGGUAAGUUUAUCAUUGUAGAUAUUUAGUUACAUUGACAUCGAUUAAUGGGUUAAUUAUAAAAAUAAUAAAUUGUGAGAGUUGUUGAAGAUAUAUGUUAGGAAGAUUUUGUA